AUGCACCACGUGGAGGUAAGUCUAUCACACACCCCAAAUUGGGAUAUCUCCUUUUUUCAAAGGAACAUUGAUCAGCAUUCUAAUCCAUACUUUUAUAGGCUGGAGCGCCUAUUACAGAAGGCUAAGGGUAUGCUGGAAAUGUUUGAUCCCCUAUUGGGUCGUAUCGAGAUCACAAACAAAGAAGGUCGCAUUGAACGAGUUUAUUUUGAGGUGCGGCAGGAGAAUAUCGAUCAAUGGGAGAAACCGCAGAUCAAGGAGUCAAAGCGAACUUUCCUUCAUUCAGUAGUCGGUGAAAGUGGUGACAAAGAGAAGUUGGAGUGUUUCGUCAAUUUCGCUGAAGAUACCAUCUUUGAAAUGCAACAUGCACAGGGUAUAAGUGGUGACGAUGAGAACCUCCAAAUUAGCAGAGUGGUGGCUGUCCGAAACCUGCUGGAAGCGACUCGAUUGACCUCUUUCUUCGCUUUUCUGGGAACAGUGGUGUCAUUCCUGAGUCCUCAUCAUCUGUGGGUAUGUUGGACGAAGUUGCGUCAAAUGUCGGUUGUCGACGUAAUUGCAGACAUUCUCGGGCUAAUUAUUGGCCUCAUGAUCGGAGCUGUUCGCCUAGUUAAGGGUGCUCUUAAGAUCACCUGUCGAUUCGUUGUUGCUAUGACUUCAGACCCAACUGCUCGGCCACCACUUGAACAACAGUCUAUAUCCAGGUGGCAAAAUGGUGGUGGAACGGGAGGAAUAUCAAAUUUGACACGAUUUGGCGGGGGAAAAAUAGAUAACAACGUGACGGCAGAUGGCAAUAUUAAACCUCCUGACAUUGCUGUCACAAAUCAAGAAGAGAAGGAGUGCUGGUUGUUGUCGGAAGAGGAGCAACUUUUACUGGAACGAGUUGACUGCUCCAAGGUAGAAGAUUUAACCAGGAGCUCCACUAGGAAGUCUGCAACAACAGGAGGUAGUCGUUUGAAUGCAGAUGGAGGAAAGAAGGAAGUCGGCACCUCUGAUGGUAAAAAGAAACAAUGUAGGCGCGCAUGGAUUGCUUCUUGCGAUGGCAUUACUAUUUACUAUUGUUAUCGAUUUUUUUUUCAUUACUAA